GGACAUACGGCGUUGUCUAUAAGGCGAAAGAACGAAAAACGAGUCGCGUCGUUGCUAUGAAAAAAAUGAGGUUAGAAUCUUUUACCGGUAGGGUAUCUUAUACAACCAUUAGAGAAAUAUCUAUAUUGAAAGAUGCUAGUCAUAAUAAUAUUGUAAGGCUUCUGGAUACAAUUCUUCAGGAAAAGAAUCUAUAUCUUGUGUUUGAAUAUUGUGAUAUGGAUUUGAGGAAAUACCUUGAUGGUGCACCAUUCGGAUUACCGGUAGAUAUAAUUAAGAAAUUUACAUUUCAACUUUUGUGUGGAAUCAAAUAUUGCCAUUCACGUAGAAUUCUUCAUCGAGAUCUGAAACCUCAAAAUCUUCUUAUUGGUUUAGACGGUAAUUUGAAAUUAGCAGAUUUUGGUUUAGCGAGAGAUUUUUCUAAUUCGAUAGGUGUUCUUACUCAUGAGGUCGUCACGUUAUGGUAUAGACCUCCUGAACUUCUUCUUGGUGCUCGAUGUUAUUCUACAAGUGUCGAUAUGUGGAGUGUUGGCUGUAUUUUUGCCGAGAUGAUGUCAUCGUACGCUUUAUUUAGAGGCGAUAGUGAAAUUGAUCAGCUAUUCAAGAUCUUUGGCAUCCUCGGGACUCCAGAUGAACAUCUAUGGCCUGGAGUACAUCAAUUACCUAAUUUCAAAAUUAUCUUCCCUAUUUGGAGACGCUAUCCUUUAGAUCAAAUCUUUCCUUGGAUGUGUUAUGAUGCAAUUAAUUUAUUAGAGAAGCUCUUGAUUUACGUACCAAAUCAGCGAAUUGCAGCUAAAACGGCCCUUCGCCACACAUACUUUGAUGAUAUAAACUUUUCUCGUUCAUGA